AUGUUUUUAUUCAAGAACAAUCAGGCCAACGAGCAGGAACAAAUAUUUCCCAUCACCGAAAGCAUAGAGCAGGCAAUGAGAGAAAGCCGAGACUGCAACACCAUCGAAGUCCCUAUAAGACAAGCCCCCCUCACUCCUAUGGAUGCACUCCUCAAAGACUCUUCCAAGACUAUGGCGGAUGGGUCCCAUAAUGGUUCCUCUGUCGACCGAACGAUGGAGACAACAAUGUUGUCACUUGAUGGCAGCGUUGACGGGGUAUCCGAUAUAGAACCCAAUACUCCCGACAUGUCACCUGGUAGCGAAAUCAAGAAAGUUUUGUCGUAUGCCUCCAAUGGAAUCAGUAAUAGUAGUGGUAUUAGUAAUACCCACAUUCAAACUCGACAAACAAGACCUGGCAAUAAGAACAGUGCCCUGGAACGGGUCCGAAGGGAGCGGGCGGCAAUGGAAAAGAGACUUGCGGAACGACUCAAGAGCUUGGCGGCUGCGGAUGCAAGAAGCCAGGAUGGUACCUAUUAUGCAGAUGAAAGUCUCACCGUGGCGACGGACUCGCAAAGUGUCCAGUUUCACGAGCAAAUGAAGGUCCUCGAAGCCAAUUACAGCAAGGAUAAGGACCGCUUCGAGAAGGAAACCGAGUUGCUUGCGAGGAAGUGUGAUAGUCAAAGAGUGGAGCUGGAUCGUAUUGCGGAAGAGCACAUGGCUGCCAUUGUCGAUGAGUAUGAGAAAAAGCAAAAGCUGAUCGAUGCCAUGGAACAAAUGCAGUCGCAGCAUCAUCAAUCACUUUCGCAAGCGCAGCACGAAAAGCAAGUCUUGACUGGACAGAUUAUGGCGCAACAGCAUAGAAUUGAACAACUCGAAAAGCAACAAGUCGAGGACAUGGACAUGAUGAUUGAGCAAGAGAAGGUUCUGGAAGCGGAGAAGGCUGCGCUCGAAAUUCGUGCGGAGCAAUUGCGUCAAGGCCUGGGAGACAAUGGGGAUGCUGCUUCCAAGCUCUUUGAGUUGCAAGAGAAAUUACAAGUGAAGGAAUUGGAGUACAAGAAGGCUUUGAAGGACGAACAUGCGGCGAUCGAAAAGCGAGAAGAAGAAAUGAGUCGUACACUCGCCGCCAAGGGGAAACUCAUGUCGGAAUGUUUCAAUUUGAAAAAGACCUUGCGAGAGAAGGAGGCGGAAUUCAAGGCAGCCCUAGAAACCGAACAUGCCGCUACUCUAAAGCGCGAAGAAGAAAUGAGCCGUACCUUGGAGGCAAAGGGAAAACUUUCUUCCGCCCUCUUCAACCUCAAGCAGUCCUCGAAGAAACGAGAAGCUACUAUUAGGAGUGCCUUAAAAUGGGAGCAAGCAGCUUUGGCGAAACGAGAAGAAGAAAUGAGUCGCACUUUGGAGGCAAAAGGGAAACUCUCAUCUGAGCUCUUCAGUGCCAGGCAAGCUUUGCUCCAACGGGAGGCAGAGCUCCAAAAGGAACUCAGAAAAGAACAGGCAUCAGUGGCCAAGCGAGAAGAAGAGAUGAGUCGAACGCUUGCAGCCAAGGGAAAACUCAUGUCCGACCUCUUUAAUUUGAAACAGAAAUAUGCCAAAAUGGAAGCCGAAUACAAGCAGGCAUUGGAGACUGAACGAGCAGCCACCGCCAAGCGUGAAGAGGAAAUGAGUCGCACACUAGAGGCCAAGGGGAAACUCAUGUCCAAGGUGUUCAACCUUGAGAAGAAUCUUCGGGCGAAGGACGAAGAAAUAAAGGAGGCCGUUGCCGAGGAAGCUGCAAAGCGCGAGAAGCGCGAGGAAGAAAUGAGUGCCGCUCUGGUUGCCAAAGGGAAGCUUUCUUCAGAACUCUUCAACUUGAAGCAGUCCUCCCAGAAAAAGGAAGCUGAACUGAUGAAGGAAUUGAUGAUUAAAAAGACUGCUCUCGAAAAGAGAGAAGAAGAAAUGAGUCGCACACUUGCUGCCAAGGGAAAGCUGAUGUCCGAAGUCUUCAAUCUCCGGCAGUCGUCCUCCAAGGAAGUGGAAGCAGCCAAAUUGGCCCGAGCCACCAUUGCAAAGCGUGAAGAAGAAAUGAGUCGCACUCUCGAAGCAAAGGGGAAACUAUCUUCCAAGCUCUGGCAUUUGCAACAAGCCAUGAGUAAGAUGGAAGAAGAGCAUGAGGAUUCGUUGUAUGACGAGAGACAGAAAGUCGCUUCCUUGACAAAGCAGCUUGAGGAAGGGAAGACAAGCCAUGCAGACCAGGUCAGUAAAUUCGAGAACGAAGUCGACGAGCUCAAGAGACUCCUUUUCGAGCACAAAGAGAAAAUUAAGGAGCUUGAAGCCGAAUACAAAGUAAUUGCAAUGGUCCACCGAGAACGUAUUCGUCAUCUGGAAACGGAGAUUGUCGAGCUCCGUGAACACCACAGUAGCCAACUGCUUCGCAUUCAACGCGAAAAUGAACUGCUGAAACAAGAGCUGCUUGACUUAGAUGGGGAGGUCGGGAAAGAUAUCAUCGAGAAUGCCAGGGAGCGUGUUGCCGAGCUGAAAUCUAUCGAGGAUGCGGGGUAUAAUGACAAUCUUCACGCAAAGGAGGAAGAGUUUAGCUCCUUAUUACAGCAACUGGACGACUUGAAAACGGCUCACAAAAGUGAAAUCACCUCUCUGGAAAAAUUGCACAAGGACAACUUUGCCGAGACUCUCGAGAAACAGAAGUCUCUUUUGGAGGAAUUCAAAAAUCUUGAAGACGAACGAAAUGAUCUUAGGAGGGGGUGCAAGAUGCAACAAGAUAAAAUUACACAGCUUCAGCAACAGCAACAAGAUUCUACUCCGUCUCAGCAAUCUAGCUCAGUGACAGAACAGCUCAAUGCGACAAAUCUCAUCCAAGAGCGAAUGCUGAUGGCAGAGCAAGCCCAAACCCAAAGGCUGUCCGCGCAGCUAAAUGAAGCUGAAAAGAUCCACAAAGCGAAAGCGCGAGCUGCACAGGCUGAGAGCGAGUCUCUUGCACAACAACUGUCUGACAUCAACGAUCGAGUGAAAGAGCUCAACAAAAUUCUAGCGGAGAAAGGUGCAGCUGUCGAUCAAUUGCGCCAGGAUCAUGACACUGCAAUUUCCAAGAAAACAGCGGAAAACGACAAGUUGUCUGCCAAAUUGAAGUCUCUGACUGAACAAUCUUGCGAAUUGAGUUUCUCAAGGCAGCGAAUGGUGGAGGAAAAGGAGGACCUCGAGACUAAGAUUCUGUCACUAGAAGGCGAAGUUCGAGCCACAAAAUUUUUGAACGAGAUGUUUGUAGGACAAAGGGAAAGGGUAGAGACCAGUUUGAAAAAGCUGCAGGAUGAAUUUGAUGCUUCUCAGGCUGAGAAACAAAAGCUUGCGGAGGAGAAUGACGAUUUGCAGGUGCAGGUAAAGGCUCUCCAAGACGCGCUUCGAGCUCAAAAAAAUGGAAUCGGUUGGAAUGGGGCUUUGUAG